UUUGAACAUAUAUCUUAUUUAUAUAUAUGUCGGUGGUUCCAGUGGCAUAAGCGUAGAGCAAUAAAAGAAUAAUCCUACAAAAGGAAGGAGAAGGUGGCAAAACCAAAGAUUAGUCAACAAUUAAGAAAUGGCAAAUUCCAUGCCUUUUGCCUAAACUUUCUAUCUACCAACCUUAAAAGUUAGCAGUUGACACCCACCACCAUUUUUGCCACUCUAUAGAAACCAACCAAAGUGUGGCAUAACGUUAAAUUCUUUUUAACAGUAGAGGCCGCAACUUGGGAUAGUUUAACAGUUUGUUAUGCCGUAAUUGGGAAUGGAAGGAGAGGGCAUUGAAGUCAUUUCAUACAUGUCCACACACACCCGAAGUUGGUUCCCUCUUGUGUCUUAAACUCUCUGCAGCUAGAGCCUCUAAGCAAAGCCCCAAAGAUACACGAAAGAAAAACACAUAGAUCUUGCAAAACGUACCGCCAAAGAGACAAAUGAGGGAACCGACGAUGGUGGUGGGGAUACACAACAACGCUGCAGCUGGACCGCUGCCUCCACCGACGUCACCCCCGCCGCAAGCAUUACUCGAGAGGCUCAAGGAUUAUGGCCAGGAAGACGCUUUCGCCCUUUGGGACGAGCUUUCCCCUGACGAACGCCACCUCCUCGUCAAGGACAUCGAGAGUUUGGAUCUGUCCAGAAUAGAUCGGAUCAUUCGCUGUUCUCUUCGAUCUCAAGGACUGCCGGUGGCAGCAAUAGAGCCAGUUCCUGAGAGUUGCGUGUCAUCGGUAGAGGAGAGAACGAUGGAGGAGAGGGAAAGAUGGUGGAAGAUGGGAUUGAAGGCUAUAUCAGAAGGAAAAUUGGCUGUUUUGCUUCUAUCUGGUGGCCAGGGCACUAGGCUUGGAAGUUCGGAUCCCAAGGGAUGUUUCAACAUUGGACUUCCUUCUGGGAAGUCACUUUUUCAACUGCAAGCUGAGCGGAUUUUUUGUGUUCAAAGACUAGCUGCACAAGCUAUGAAUGGGGCUGGUUCGGUGACAAUACACUGGUACAUAAUGACUAGUCCAUUUACGGAUGAUGCAACACGCAAAUUCUUUGAAAGUCAUAAAUACUUUGGUCUUGAAGCAGAUCAAGUAACUUUUUUCCAGCAAGGCACCAUACCUUGUAUCUCAAAGGAUGGUCGAUAUAUCAUGGAGACACCAUUCAAGGUAGCUAAGUCUCCAGAUGGGAAUGGAGGAGUAUAUUCAGCUCUGAAAUCCACAAGAUUGUUAGAGGAUAUGGCCAUGCGAGGGAUUAAAUUUGUGGAUUGCUAUGGUGUUGACAAUGCAUUGGUUCGUGUAGCUGAUCCAACUUUCUUGGGAUAUUUCAUUGAUAAAGGUGUAGCUGCUGCCGCCAAAGUUGUCCAAAAGGCCUAUCCCCAGGAAAAGGUUGGUGUUUUUGUAAGGCGAGGUAAAGGUGGACCACUUACUGUGGUUGAAUACAGUGAAUUAGAUCAAUCACUGGCUUCUGCGAUUAACCAGCAAACUGGACGUCUUCGUUUUUGCUGGAGUAAUGUGUGCUUACACAUGUUUACUUUGGAUUUCCUAAACCAAGUGGCAAAUGGCCUUGAGAAAGACUGCAUUUACCAUCUGGCGGAGAAAAAAAUUCCUUCUAUUCAUGGUUAUACAAUGGGUUUGAAACUAGAGCAGUUCAUAUUUGAUGCAUUUCCAUAUGCUCCUUCAACUGCUCUGUUUGAGGUAUUACGAGAGGAAGAGUUUGCACCAGUGAAAAAUGCCAAUGGUUCAAAUUAUGACACUCCAGACAGCGCGAGGCUGCUUGUUCUGAGACUGCAUACUCGUUGGAUAGUCGCUGCAGGUGGCUUCUUAACACAUUCAGUGCCAUUAUAUGCAACUGGUGUGGAGGUAUCACCGCUUUGUUCUUAUGGCGGAGAAAACCUAGAGUCCGUAUCCCGUGGAAGGACAUUUCAUGCACCUUGUGAAAUUUCAUUCUAGUUUUUGCACGUUCCAUUGUAUGGCAUGGAUGGAUGUAUUUAUAUGGAUAGUGAGUCAAAAUGCUAAUGUACGAACUAAAGACUUUGCAAUAUUUCAGGCUUUUCAUAUUUAUCAUUAUUGGGUAGUGGUGCCUUGUGGUAUUUGAAGUGUUUGGUGCAUUAACUCAUUUGUGUGUUUAUCAUUUAUCAAUUUAGAAUCCUCUUCAGAACUCACCAUUGAACGGCUUAACCCGAGUUCUGUUACUCUUUUCUACAAAAUUUGCAAGGAAAUCCCGACAGCAUCGGUUUCGGAAGGACCCACCUGAGGAAUCAUCAGCUUCAGUUGAGAGUUGUGAGUUGAAAUCACAAAGUCAUCUAAUGUAAGAAAGAAAAAACGUUUCUUGGGAUAAUGAAUUUAGGGGGAUAUUUUAAGAACCUUAUCUUCUCCACUUUGACCUUUCCCUUGUCCAUUUCUAUCUCUCCUCUCCUCCACCAACUGUGUCUCUUUUUGCUACUCUUUCCGUUUAUUACUUCCCGUGAACAACAAAGUACGAAGGCAUAAAAAAACUAACACAGGCUCAUGGGCUGAUGGGCUCCGCUAAACCUAAUAGUCAGUGGGUUGGCUGCUUGGGUUUUAUCGAACCUCUUCUUUGGAGGGCUUAGAGUUAAUUAUUUAUGUUACCCUUCUAA